CGCCGCCCCCGAUGUGCUCGUCUGUACAGUGUGUAUGUAUAAGUAGCUGUCAGUGGAGCUGUCACUCACGGGCAGCAGCAGCCAAUCAGGGCCGGCGGGGAGUGUUUGUGGGCGGUCCGGGCUCGCGGUGCGCUGUUUGUAUCCAGUCUGCGCUCCUACUGCAGCCGCUCCGGAUUACUGGACCCCUGAACCCCCGAAUCUGAGCCGCCGCCGCCGGGAGAUGAUGGAGAUGCUGCGGGCGAGGAUGCUGCGCUCCGUCCCCUGGUUCCUGCUGAGUGGGAUGACCGCCCUCUGCUUUCUGCAAGGAGUGCCGGUGCGGAGCGGGGACGCCAGCUUCCCCAAAGCCAUGGACAACGUGACGGUGCGACAGGGGGACAGCGCCAUCCUCAGGUGCACGGUGGAUAACAGAGUGACCCGCGUUGCCUGGCUGAAUCGCAGCACCAUCUUGUACACCGGCAAUGACAAAUGGUCCAUAGACCCCCGUGUGGUACUUGUGGCCAACACCAAGACCCAGUACAGCAUUGAGAUUCAGAAUGUGGACAUUUAUGAUGAGGGACCCUACACCUGCUCCGUGCAGACAGACAAUCACCCCAAAACCUCCCGCGUGCACCUCAUUGUACAAGUCCCUCCUACAAUAGUGGAGAUCUCAUCGAAUAUUGUUGUCAAUGAAGGAAAUAAUGUCAGUCUGAACUGCAUUGCUACAGGGAGGCCUGAGCCAGUGGUGAACUGGAGAUACUUGUCACCCAAAGCACAUGGCUUCAUGAGCGAAGACGAGUAUCUGGAGAUCACAGGAAUCACCAGGGAACAAUCUGGGGUAUACGAGUGCAGCGCCGCCAAUGACGUGUCCUCCCCGGACGUCCGAAGGGUUAAAGUUACAGUCAACUAUCCCCCUUAUAUUUUGGAUGCACGGAACAUUGGGGUUCCAUUAGGACAUCAAGGGAUUCUGCAAUGUGAUGCGCUUGCUGUCCCUGCUGCUGAAUUCUUUUGGUACAAAGAAGACAAGAGGCUGAGUGACGCAAAGAAAGGAGUGAAGGUGGAGAACAGAGAGACGUUUUCUCGAGUAACAUUCUUCAAUGUUUCAGAACAAGACUAUGGAAACUACACAUGUGUGGCUAUGAACCGAUUGGGACAUAGCAACGCCAGCGUCAUUCUGUUCGAAAAAUUCCAGUCCACCAGCACACCCUUGCUGCAAGAAGAGACCACUGCUGCCUUGACCCCCCCUAAAGGCCCUGGAGCGGUUCAUGAUGGGAACAGUGGCUCUUCUAGAUGUCUCCUCUGCACUCCUCUGUUUCUCCUCUUCUUCGGGCUUUGUCUGUCUCUUCUACUUCCACCUGCCCAGUUUUGACAAAUGCAAAUCAUCGUUUGAGGUCCUCACAGGAGGGAAAUUCUAAAAUAAAACAAGUGUAAUGAAAAGAAAUUACAAAAUCUGAUGUCGCAAAAUAUAAAGAAAAAAAGCAAAAAAAACACAACAAAAAAAACUGCAAGUGAUUGUUUAAACAAGGAAACCGCUGAGAGAAAACACCACAAUCUGCACCUUCUCACAGAAGGGACUUUUGCAGGAUACAGCCGAGGGGAGGGGAGGGGGGAUAUGGGCAGAUCCAAGAACUGAGCUGAGCUGGGCGACUAGCCACAAGUCGACGCUCACAAAACCAUGUGACUUUGUUCUGUACAUUUCAGAAGGACAUCACACAUCUCGCUGUCCCUGAUCAAGCAAACCAUGGACUGUGUCUCUCCACUUUAUCUCCAAGAACUGCGGGGUGAUCAGUUAUGCAAUUCCCUUUCUGCAACCAGGACGCCAUGCAGAGCAAAGCUCAACCCUACUUAUAUGCUGGGGGACUGUAUGAGCAAUACUUAAACUUUCCAGCGCUGGGGGGGAUCAAUAUCUGCUCUGGUAUAUUUCUCUCCAGCGGGACUGGGAUCAGUGGAGCUGCCUUCUGUAGGUCUUCCCUGUUGAGAAAGGGUAUUGUGCUGAAUGUUAACGUGGUGCCGUCACAGUGUGCUCGAAUGCUGCUUAUAAAAUGUUGUGUACGUCAGCUGGAAGAAAUGGUGACUUUAAUGUUUGGACAAGAGGGGUGCCCUGAACAGCAGAAAGAGCCCAGCACCUUACUGGCCUAAGGUGGUCUUCUGGAGGUUGGCAGCUUUGAAUAAUUUAUUCCUUAGUUGUCCUUAAAUCUGAGUAUGAUAUCAAUACGAUUUAUAUUGUAGAAUAUUGGAGGGGCAAGAACAAGUUAAUAUAUAUGUAUGUGUGUGUAUGUAUAUAUGUAUAUAUAUAUAUAUAUAUAUAUAUAUAUAUAUAUUCGUAUUGUCACAGGCAGAAACUUGAGACAGUCACAAUUAGUGUGAAGUUGUGUGUCCAUGCUCCAUCCUGGGGAUAGUCAUGUGCAGCUGCAUUCCCCAGAGCUGAUGAGUUUAGGAUGAAGUGUGGGGAGGCACAGCAUCUGGCAUCACAGUGACUUAGCACAUACAGCUGACCCUUUACACCAGCACAGACCACUCACCUUCAAGACAGGGGAGAAGGGAUCAACAGAUUCCUAUAUUAUGUGAGGUGAUGUAGAGUUUUCCACCCUUUGGCACGUUAAAAGCAUGAUGAGCAACAAAUGAACUGGGUGGGUUAGAAAGAAAGUAUAUGAAUUUAUCAAGACAUCAGUGGGUGUCCAGGAUUAGAAAAACAUGGCUGCCUGCUGCCAAAAAUAUUGACACAUUCGUCCACAGGUUAUGGGUGGUAUUGCAGGUCAGUAUCUAUGGACAGGUGUGUCACUAUUUGGAGCAACCAUAUUUUCCUAAUAUUGGACACCUCCUUCAAGUAUUAGACCUUCUUACUAAAUGUAUGUGCCAUUGUUUCAAUGUACUCAAAUUAGGGCUUCUCCAACCUCAACUUGCAAAGUGGACUCAGCCACUAAACACCUGAUCCUUAGGCCUCAAUUGUAAUAGUUUGUGUUCUUACAGCUUGGCACCACGGCACUUGCUGCAUGCACACAAUCUGAUGAAUAGUUAACUUCCUCUGCAAAAUCUGUUUUUAGCUCCCCAUUUGGGUGUAACCUAGUCACAUAGAAACCACUUGUCUUCCUGUCUUGCUGACCACCAUCUUGGCUACCACAGUAUUGACGGGGGUCACAAGAUGUUCUCUAACACAUGAGAUGUCUCUCAAUGCUGCACAGACAUGUGUCUAGUGUUAGAGUUUACACAAGGGUCGGAAGGGCACAUGGACAGUUAGCAGGUUGAGGCUUUCCAUGUACUAGGAGGUUGGCGGGUUAUCGGUGUGGAAGAGGUAAGCUUCACCGACCCAAGGUCCACCCCAACGCUAUUCUUCUUCAUCAUUUCAGAUGGUUUACAACCCUAAAACUUGCUGAGCACAAACAUUCUGCUGUCACCUCUUUCAUGGUUUGGUUUCUGCCUGGUUAUUUUUUGCGUACUGAUCAAUCACUGGAGAUAGAACUGAUGCAUCUACCUGUAUACAGCACAAGGGCAGGUAACCGUUCGGGAAACCCCUCUGACCUGUCAAUGGAGAAGUGUUACCAGCAACCACUCUGUGAGCUUUGUUAGGUCUGAAUAUUUCACAUGUGUAAUGUGUAAGGUGCAGGGAAAGGAAGGAUCCACCAAAGUUUUGAGGUCCAGGGACUGUUUAGUGUGUUUGGCCAGGAGUUGGGCCUAAGUAUUGGUCCGUUUAGACUGGGAGGGCUGAAAUAAUAAAUUGUAUUAAGCUGUCAUCUCAGAGAUGGUAAGUAUCUCCUGGCCACUCACAUGACUAAGUGGUCUAGAGCAAAGUCAGACAACAUUCAGAUGGGGAGGAGUAUAACUCUCAGCCUUCUCUGGUCAGGUUGUCCUCUUUCUACAGCAUGGAGCAGAAAGAAUGUGAUGGAAACGAUGAUACUUGUACAUGCUGAGGGUAGCAACUGGUCAUGAUAGGGAAUUACUAUUGGCUCUUGUGGACCAGCAUGGGAUGGACACAGCCUCUGUACCUCACAUUGUUUAAAGCAGACGGAGAGAUUGUGCAGAAUGUAAGCUCAUCAGAGCAGGGUCUCCCAUCUCCACUGCAUCGUUUAGUAGCUGUCCUUCUCACUAUUGUUUGUUACUGUAUUAUAUUUUCUUUAUAUUUGUAAUAAUCUUGUAAAGAGCUGAGUACACUGUUAACAUAAUAUAAAUAUACUGAGACAUACAUACCAUGGUC